CCAUUUAUAUGUUCUGCCGGAAGAGAAGAGAACGGCGAAGAUAUUUAAUCUUUCACCACGUGACAGCUUGCCAGAUUGAUUAAAAUUGACAGAUAUAAGUAGGUUUUAAUAUGAAUACUAUUACUUUGAUGUUUUUAAAUUUAAACUUUUGUCGAUUAUGAUACAUUUACAGGGAGAUUUAAAAAAAUUUGUAUAAGAAAAUUGCUGCUGUAAUAAUAUUUUAAACUCCUAAAGGAAAUUUAACCUUUCCUCUGUUGAAUUUUUUCGAUAAGUUAGGCUUAAAAAUGCAUAAUCGAUUAGGAUUCCAGCAAAUCUGAAAAAUGUUGAUACGGCUUGUUACAACUAUACGUCAAAAGAUCAUUAAAUCUAAUUAUUUUUUUGCAGUAAUGACUACAUCGUAAGAUGGAACUUGAUGUGAAUGAGGACCAUGGCAAUCAGAGAGUAAACAUAUCACCGUCUUUCAAAGCAAUUCAAGGAAGCUUGAAAUGCUUAUACAACAUACAGGAUUUCAAUUUAAGUAAAAUCGGAGAAGGAUUCUUCUCUAUUGUUUAUAAGGCAAUAAAUACCGAAACAUCGGAUGCUUUGGUGCUGAAACGUUUAAAAACAAAAGAUGAAAAUCCUCGAAGGGUUGCCCUAAAUUACAGAACUGCCUUGAAUGAAAUUGAAUUACUUCAUAGACUAAAUCAUCAAAAUGUUAUUAGAUUAAAAGGAGUCUGUAUAGAAAAUGGGAGACUUCAUUCCCUAACCGAAUUAAUGGAUUAUGGUUGUUUGGAAUCGUGGGCGACUGAUUUAAGUAGGGAAUUUUCUUGGAGUUUACGCCUUCAUAUUGCUCUCGACAUUGCCAGGGGAAUGAAAUAUAUACAUGGUCAAGGAUAUGUUCAUAGAGAUUUAACUGCCAGUAAUGUGCUACUAAAGUCGACGAGUUCUAAGGAAGGUGUUAAAGCUGUUGUUGCAGAUUUUGGUCUCGCUACAUGUGUUCCAAAGAAAGGAGUUCAAUUACCAAUUGUCGGAUCUCCUUUCUAUAUGUCUCCAGAAUGUUUGAAUUCUUUAUUCUAUGAUAAUCGAACAGACGUCUUCUCUUUCGGAAUUAUUCUUAUACAGUUGAUUUUGAGAAGUGAUUCUGACCCAGAACGUAUUGCUAGAACAAGUGCAUACGGGUUAGAUUACGUUGAAGUGGGGAAAAAGGUUAAAGAAACUUUAUGCCCUCUAGCUCUAUUGGCCGAAGCUUUUCAUUGUUGUCUUGUUGAUCCUAAGGAACGGCCUGAUUUUUCAAAUUUAUCAAUGGACUUGGGACGAAUACUAAACUCACCCAAGGAACAUGAAAUUGUUGCUGAUCGAGAGACUUUAGCUUCUACUGUUGGGUUUACUCACUUGAAGAAAAUUACAGAGAAUAUUGAAUGCAGAAAAAGAGCUAAUCGCAAGUUACCCGGCGGUCACCUUGUUUCUUUAACUCCUGCUGUCAUUGGUGUAAUUAUGUCUGAACUAGACGUUGCUUACGUCAGAUCACCUGUUGAUAAGAGUAUUUUCGAAAUCAAAUUUCGACGUGGUAAAAAAUUUAUGCAUGGUAGUACAUCAAGUGAUGAAUUCAUGUGGAAAAGUACGGAUGAAUUAGAUAGUUCAAUAACUUCAAUAUCAGAUACAGAAACAAGUCUUCGACGAUCUCAUUCUCUUCCACCAAGAAAGAAAAAGGAUGAUAAAGACGACGUCUCUGAACUCAGUGAUGAUGCAGACUCAGGUGUUGCGGUCGAUAUACUUAAAAGAAUAAAAUCACCUAAUAAUUUAAAUAGAUUUUCUGAUUUUCCUGAUCGUGAUAUUAUUAUGCCAAACAUUGUUUGGACACUAGCUAAAAUAUGCGAAGAGCGAGAUAAAAAUGCUCAAAGUUCAGCAAUAAGAAAAAAAGAGGAAAAAAAGCAAUCGAUCGUUAGCUGCAGUUGAUUUAUAUCUUGUUUCUUUUAUUUUGUUUGUUUGUUUUUUGUUUAUUUAUUUUUUUUACUAGAUCCUUAUAUGAUCGAAAAUUUUCAUUAAGAAAUUUCAUAUUUUACACAUAUUUAAAAUUUUAUAAAUACAAAUUUUUUAAUUUCUUGCCAAUUUCUAGAUCGUAAUUGAGAGUUAAAUCUUCGUAUAAAUGGAAUGUUAAAGGUCCAAUACUCAUAGAAUAAAUAGAAAGGCAAUAUCACGAAAAAAUUACUCCGUUUAUUCAGGAGCAAAGAAAUAAUACUUAGUCUUUGCACGUCACGAUAAUCUGAUCUGAAAAUAAGACAAUAUUUUCAUUCUAAAACAACUCUCAAUGAGAGUUUGCGAAAACUGUCAAUGAUUUCUAUACGGAUUUUUAAACGUAAUAACACAAUGAUUUUU